UGCACGUUGCCCGUUCAGCAUAGAGAAAGGGUAGAAGAUGAUCGGAGGAGGUUAUCCUUGCGUAGGAGAAGCCGACGGCGAGCAUCCGGUCGUGUGAGGGAGCCGCAGCCGUCGAGGAGAGCGCCGUCCGACCUCGAAUGCCUCGUUUGUCAUUGGGCUCUGUUGGUGUCUUGGUCGAGGGCGAGGACGACUCGCGCGAUGCCGGUCGCCACCGUCACCGCCGCCGCCGCCGCCGUCGCCGCCGCCGUCGUCACCGCUUCCGUCGCCGACAGGCGCGGUCAUCUUCUUCGUAGAGUUCGCCGUCGCCGCUGAUCGGGCACCAGCCGCCCCACGUCUGGCCGUUGUCCGGGCCCUCCCAGCCGUGCCUCUUCUCGACUCCACGAACGAUGAAUAGCGGCGCAAUAAUGACGGCGAUAGCGACCCCGUCGGUCGACCUCGCCGGCUCCGACGACUGGACCGAAUUCUGCGAAAGGCACGCGAGAGCCGCAGCCUCCGACUUCGCCAAGGCCUUCUGCACCUACGUUAAUUUGGAUCUGACCGAGAGCGCCAGGGCGAAUCUCUCGUACAAGGACUUUCUCAGGAAAUUCGUCGAGACCUUCUGCGAUCACUUCGAGGUGGAGUACCUCAGACGCACCGCCAAAUCUCCAUCUGCCCAUGAUGUUAACACACGACAAUUAGUAUCCAACGAUCGCGAGGCUAGUUCUACGAAUCAAAACAAUAGAAUACCACUUCGUACUUCCUCGCACGAGGAAUUCAGUGACUAUUCCGAACACGAUGGUGAAAUAGUGUCUGCAAAACCUGUGCACAAGGCUUUCUUUCGACGUCUGUCGUUCAAGGGUCUCAAGAAGGGUAAGGGCCUGUUUCACAAACAACAGAGCGACGAGGUGGAGCUUUCGCACUCUGAUAAUCGACGAAUGGACAAACAUUCCAAAGCUAAACUGUCCAAGAUUGUCGUCGAGUGCAGAAAAGAAGGGACUGUGAAUGCAAUGGUUAUUGAAAAUACAGAUGUGCCUCAAAAGUUUGAAAAGUGUAGACUGGCGUUGGUCAAAGCCAGCGCUGGUUACAUGCUAGAAUUCUACUCUUCUUCGAAAGCAAAACCUCGUCACGGUAUAUUCUGCUCGUCCAUUACUGAAGCUCGGGAGACGACGGCUUUGGAAAUGCCCGAUCAUGAGAACACAUUUGUCUUGAAGACUCUCGAGAGGGAAUUUAUAAUAGAGGCGCGAGACCCGAGCGACAUGAGGUCAUGGUUGGCCACUAUUAGGUACUGCAUGAGGAACAUCUAUGGACUAACGAAUAUUAUAAACAGCGGCGUUAACGACUCGGUAAUGAAUGACAGCAUGAUGCAUGGAUCGGCAUCAUUGAAUAUGGAAGGUGACAGGGUGAGGGCUAAUUCAGCGAGCAAGAGCACACGCUCUACGCUGGAUCAUGUGGACGAGCAGGGAAAUCCACCGGAGCUCCCUCCAAGACUCAGAGCUCGAAGUAACAGUAAUUUAGAAUUGUGCUCCUCUCAACAGGAAAUUGAACAAAUUCCUGGUAAUGAAAUUGAGGUCGACCUUUCGAAUAGCCUUAGAGAAUAUCCGUGGUUUCAUGGAACACUUCCUCGAUCCGAUGCUGCGCAGCUUGUUUUGCAUAAUGCAACAGAGGGUCAUGGGACGUUCUUAGUACGACAAAGUGAAACACGUAAAGGAGAGUAUGUUUUAACCUUCAAUUUUCAGGGUAGAGCCAAGCAUCUACGGAUGACUCUGAACGAUCAAGGACAUUGCCGAGUACAACACCUCUGCUUCCCGGCGAUCUACGACAUGCUCGAUCACUUCCGUCAGAACCCCAUACCCCUGGAGUCUGGUGGGACGGCCGACGUUAAGCUUACCGAAUACGUCGUGGCCAAUCAACUAAUACGCAAUGCACCAGGAGCAUCCCAACAGCAACAGCAACAAGAUAGAAGGCCCGUAGCCGCACCGGAUCCAAGAGAAGUGCACACAUACAGUGGCUCGAUAAGAAUGCGGACCGAGUUGCUGGAGCAACUCGAGCAACAUCAUCACCAGCAGCAAAGCGGUACGAGCGUUGAACAACAACAGCAACAGCAACAGUCAUCGACUAGUAGAGCUGUUCAGAAUACCUACAGUUUCCUUUGACGUUGGAUGCGCAAAACCUUGUCUACCGGCUACCACCCGGUCGGCCAUCCAGACUGACGAUUUCCAUCCAACGGGACGCAUCGGCGCACACGAAACACAUACGCAUGCACGCAUUAUUACAAUGUAAAAUCUCGGAGACGAAUUUGCGCCGGAGCUCAUUGUUUCUUUGUCACCAAUUAUCCCUUCGUUUACUUUCCGAGGUUAUGUCAUUUCCGAGUAAUCCCUAACAUUAUAAACUAAUAAUAAUAUUAACUAUUUGCCAAUAAUCGCUAUCUGACGAAGGAUUAAAUAAAAAUUA